AUGUAUUUAGGUCGUUUCAUUACACUAUUCGCAGCUGUACUAUUAAUUAGUGCUUCUGUCAGUGCUAAAACUGUCACCUUUGAUGGCAGUUCCUGUGCACAAUCUCCAUUGAGUCCAUGCAAGAUCGAUUCGAUGCUCGCCACUAUUGCAGGUGCACUCCAAGCCACAGAUGACGUCAUUAUCAACGGUGCCAAAAAUGCCAUCUACACUAUUGGAAACCCAUUGACCUGUAAGAGUCUUAACAUCUCCAACGGUGUUGUAAACCUUGCCUCUGGCUUGAAUCUCAAUGGACUUCUCUACGUAGCACCAAACGCUCAAUUGGUUAUCGACACAGUCGCCGGUAUUGCCAACUGCAAGAACGUCAAGGUCGAUGGUAGUCUCUUACUCAAGGCAGGUAUUUGCAAUAUCGCCGGUUUGGACUUGGCUGGUGGUUUGAAACUCCAGGGUGGUCAACUCAAUGUCAACAACUUGGUAUGUGCCUCCACUUGUAUUCCAAACAUUGUCGGUGGUAUCAUCAAACACACCGGUAACUGUAUCUACAAUGCUAUUCCAACCGUUUCUGGUACCGCUAAAUUCUUGGUCGAUGGUAUCGUCAAUUUGAACAAAGGUAUCCAAUGUAUUGACAAGUGUACCGUCAACAUGCUCAAGAACUCUGUUGCCAAUAUCCUCGGUGACUCCAAGAUUUUAACUCCACUCGACUUGGACGCCAAUGCCAAGUUCAUCGUCAACAAGGGUACCUGUGCACUCAAUGGUCUUACUGGUGAUCUCAACUCUGUAUUGUCGGUUGUCGACGGUAUCUUGAAUCUCAAUGCUCCAUGUAAAGUUCCAAAUCUCUCAUUGGACGGUCUCGGUUCUGUCAAUGUGAACACCGAUGUCCAAUGUAACAACCUCAAAGCCAAUGCUAAUGCCAAAUUGAAUCUCCUCAACAACGGUCUCCUCAAGGUCGCCACCAAGGCUGACUGUAACGCCGGUAUCAACCUCGCCAACACUGCCCAAUUCAUCGUCGACUCUAACGCCGUUGCCAACUUGCUCGGUGGUAUGAAAUGCUCUGAUAACUCGAUCUUCAAGGUUCUCGACAACUGUAAGGUCAACAUGAACAAAGACAACAUCUUCACUCAACCAAUCUCCGUCGGUCCAAAGUCAAUCCUCAAUCUCGCCAAUGGUGUUACCACCUGUAACAAGGGUAUCAACACUGAUCUCUCAACCAUUAUCAACCUCGACAAGGCCACAUGUCACCUCAACAACAAUGCCAAUCUCGGUUCUGUUAACCUCAACACUGGUGCCAACUUGAACAUCAACGGUGGUAACUCGAUCAUCAACGGUCCAUUCAAGUGCAGCAAGGACUCAACUGCCGCCAUCACCAACGCACUCCUCGACUUGAAGAACAAAGUUGAUUUGGAUAACAUUCUCCAAUUGAACACCGGUGCCAAAUUGAACCUCAAUGGUAUCACCAACUUGAACAAUGGUAUCCAUUGUGCCGAUAAGACUCCAAUCAUCAAUGUCGCCAACCAAGUUAAUCUCAACUCUGUCUCUGACUUGAAGGGUCUCACCAAUCUCAAUGCCAACGCUAUCCUCAACUUGAACGGUGCUGGAACUCAUUCCUGUAACAACAUUAACUCUGAUGCUAAAGCUGCUCUCAACGUUAACAAAGGUUGUGCUCUCAAGAUUGACGGUCUUGCCAAUCUCAAUGGUGUCAACCAACUCAUUGACAAUGCUCACUUGAUCGUUAACGGUCAAACCAACCUCCUCUCUGGUCUCAAAUGCUCCGGUUCACAACCAUCUAACCUUUCAGUUACCAAGACUGGUAAAUGUAACUUUGGAGCCCCAACCAAUAUCAAUGGUGCCGUCUUGGUUGAUAUGGGUGGUAACUUGAUUGUAGAUGCCGAAACAGCCAUCCACACCUUGACCAACAAUGGUAAUAUGGUCAUCAACAAACCAUGUAACAUCUUAUCAGACAAGUUCAGUCAAAACGAUGCCAACUCUGUCAUCAACUUGAAUGCUGGUGGUUGUAUCAACGCCGCCAAGACACUUGAUUUGGUAAAGGGUACUGUCAAUGGUGUCGGUGCACUCAAAUGUGGUACCUGUAACUUGGGUAACAACAUCAAUGCCAACUUGAACAUCGAUGGUGAUAUUGUACUCCAACCAACAUGUAACCUCGUUGCCAAGGUCAACCAAGCAACUGGAACCGUCGUACCAAUGAUCGUCGGUACCGGUAAGUGUGUAUUGAACGGUGUUGCCGAUCUCGGUGCUUUGGCCGCCGGUGCUGGUAAGCAAGCUGCUGCUGAAAUCGUUCGUUUGAUCUCUGCACCAAAUGUAUCUGGUAAUCUCUCGAUCAAGGCACCAGCUGGUGGAUGUGCCGGAACCUGUCCAAACUGGCAGAUGGUCAUCCCAGACUGCAAGUGUGCCUGUGAAUUCCACCGUAAAUAA